CCGGCCGCUGGCAACGACGACGACGACGGGAGCGGUGGCUGCGGCUGCGGCGAACUCCCGCCCUUGUCGUUGAAUGCGCAGGCGGCGGGCAGCGACAGUCAUCGGUGGUGAGCCGGGCGCCGACCAGGCUGGUAGCGGGGAGCAGGGGGUGGCGACUUAAUUUUGCUGGCAUAAAUGGCGUUCUGUACUUCUCAUCAUUAACAUUCCAUGAUGUUGGUAUUACCAGUGGUAUCUUGGCAAGCUUAUAUGUUGGAAUAACUAAUUUUGCAGGGGCAAUUGUUGCUUCAAUUUUGAUGGAUAAGCAAGGUCGAAAGAAACUCUUGACAGGAAGCUAUCUUGGAAUGGCACUUGCAAUGUUCCUAAUAGUAUAUGCUAUUAGCUUCCCCCUUGAUGAAGGAGUUAGCCAUGGCCUGUCAAUUACUGGAACUCUGUUGUACAUAUUUACAUUCGCCAUUGGAGCCGGACCAGUUACAGGAAUCAUCAUACCAGAGCUGAGUGGUGCUCGGACACGCUCGAAAGUUAUGGGCUUCAGCUUCACUGUACAUUGGAUAUGCAAUUUUCUGGUGGGACUGUAUUUCCUGGAGCUUGUGAAGAAGUUAGGCGUUGGAGCCGUCUAUGCAGGUUUUGGUGGAGUAUCCUUCUUGUCAGCACUUUUCGCCUACAAUUUCAUUGUCGAGACGAAAGGACGUUCUCUUGAGGAAAUCGAAAUGUCUCUGAGCCCUGCUGCCCCUGGCAAGCGAGAGUGAGACACAUUCUUUCAUUCACUUACGCAGAUGGAUCAAGCAUUCAACCACUCCAAGGAGUUUUUUAUCCAUGGGGUACUGGAAUUCCAGAUUGUUGUUCUAAUGAUCCAACCUGCUUGUCAGUGCAUAUAGUGGUUAUGUUAUGUAGAAGUAGUAGCCAUCCAGCAGAUCCAUGUUGUCACCUUACUUGUGUAGUUAUAUAACCAUGUAUAUAAUGGAUCACAUUACUGAAGAACACACACCUCAGGCUGUUAAUAGGGCAAGCAGAUGAAGUAACCAUGCAAAUAAAGAGUAGAGGAAUUGCCAUUGUUUUAUGCCUUUCCACAUUUUGUGCUUUAAUUA